AAAUUGUUAUCUGUGCAUCUCACGCAUUUAUAAUACAACAUGGAGGAAUAUCAAUGACCAAUGUGUUUUCAGGUAGAGAGAAAUAAUCAGAAAAAUGAGUUAUCACAAAGUGCCCCAAGAAAGUUAUCCUCCUCCAGGGUACGGAUCAAUAUAUCCUCCGCCGAGGGCACCACCUCAACCGCCGUCGGACCGCCACCCUUACACGUCGGGGUACAAUUAUCCGCCCCCGCCGCCGCCGGGCCCCGGUGGUUAUCAGGGAUAUUUCGGUGGUGGGCCCCCGCCCCCGCCACCGCCUCAGCACCACAUCGAUCACCAUCACCACCACCACCACGACGAUGAUCACUCGGGUUGUACCUCCUUUUUACGAGGCUGUUUAGCUGCACUCUGUUGUUGCUGUGUUCUGGAGGAGUGCUGCUGCUGCUUUUGAGCUAAGGGCAUCUUUUAUCAAUAUGUUGCUCAGUCAAUAGUGAACUGGUUAUUUCUGGCUUGUUUCCAUGAGAAUAAUGCUACAUACUCGGUGGCAAAACUUUAAUUUUAUCUGUGAUUAUUAUUUAUAUGUUGAUCAACCUUAGAAAUUAUGUCUUGGCUGGUCUAUGUUGCGUGUGCCGGUGCUAGCGACUAUAUGUUGCAUCUAUAAGUUUGUACCAGAAAUGAGGUUCUCAGUUGUACUUGUACCACUACCAACAUUCUCUUCUCCGUUUCUUCUGUUUACUUGAGGUGUUAGCUAUCAUGUCCAUCUGUUUACUUGAGAUGUUAGCUAUCAUGUCCAAGCUAAAUGUCUCUAUUCAUUUUCUUUUUCAUUCCUAAAAGCAGAAAUCUUAUUUUAAAAAGAAACCUAAUCAAGUCUGACCAAC